UCCGUAGUACAGACAUAUACAUCAUGGCGGCUUUGUGAGGACUCAAAUUUUGGGACAAAACGUCGAAGUUAGACCACCUUUUUCGUGCCCAAACUUCUUCCAACCGGACCAGAGAGGAUAGUUGUGUGUCGUUGAAGGAGUCUAGAAGCUGGGGAUACCGUAAGUCUUUUAGUUUUGAGCUGACGGCUGGAAACCGGCGAUUAGUCCAGAAAGAUGACAACAGCUGCCCGUCCAACAUGGGACCCGGCGAGAGGCGGGACAGGGAAGGGGGAGGGCGACCUGAGUAAGCUGUCCAAACAGUACUCCAGCAGAGAUCUACCAGCACAUACCAAACUCAAAUACAGGCAGCCCGGUCAGGACACCUCCGAGGAGGUGCGCAGCCGUGACUUCCGCCGUGAGCUCGAGGAGCGUGAACGCCAGGCACGCGUGGAGAAGAGGGGAGAUCGCAGAGAACCAUCUGGGUCAUCAAAGCGACCCCGUCUGGACCAGAUCCCUGCAGCAAACUUGGAUGCAGAUGACCCUGUAGAUGAUGAUGAUGAAGAUGAUGAUGAUGACAGCGAUGAUGAUGACACAGCAGAACUGCUGGCAGAGCUGACAAAGAUCAAGAGGGAACGAGCACAGGAAGAAGCCAAGAAGGAACAAGAGAAGAAGGUUCAGGAUGAGAAGAUCCGUACAGAGAACAUCCUCCAUGGCAACCCCCUCAUGAACCAGGCUGCUGCCAACUUCAAGGUUAGCCGGAGAUGGGACGAUGACGUCGUGUUUAAGAACUGCGCCCGUGGGACAGAAGAUGGGAGUGGAGGUUUCAUCAAUGACACCCUCAGAUCAGACUUCCACAAAAGGUUCAUGAACAAAUAUGUAAAGUAGACAUCCCAACCUCUGGUGUACAGACUUGUUACCCAAUUUUGUUACCAAAACUUAGCAUACUUGUAAAUCAUACCAAUACCUUCCACAAAGUACUGUAAAAUAUUUGGAUCCUUUCUGUUGUUGUGAGGACCACUCUUAAAAGGUAUUUAAGUGUCAAACCUUCAAGCUUUAAGAAAAGGAUGAUAAAUUUCAAUUUUUCUUCAACAUCUAAUCUGACAUUCAAAUACUAAUAUUCUGAGCAAAUUUAGAGGCAGAAUAGAAAAACAAUACAAAAAUUCAUUCUUUGUAUCUAUGUAAUGCAUUUUUAACAACAAACUUUAUUUUCAGUCAUUUCAUCAACAGAUACUCAUAUAUACACUGUAUAUGCCCAGUACUCAGAACAGUUAUGCGAUUAGUGUAUAUGUAAGUGUCAUGCAACGGCCCUUGGAUCUUUGGUAUUUGGUCCUUCUCUAGACUUGUUUCUGUAUGUGCAUUUAUUAUUUGUCAAUCUAAAUUCAAAGUAGACUUAGCUGACACUUUGUAGUGGGGAUAUUGGAGAACUAUUUAUAGACAUGAAGAAAUCAUUGUAGAUGUGUGACAGGUAUACUUAACUGGACUUUAAAGUGUCUUCACUAACAUUUGUAUAUGUACUAAAGCUUAUUGAGGGACAUUGGAAAGGAAAGGUUUUAUGCUUUUGGAUUAAACUGAGUGGAACAUUUAGUUUUAA